CAACACCUCGCUGGGAGCGUUCUCCCCCGAGCCACGGGUGAGGCUGGGAGACAUGCCAUGCAUGCUGUAAGCUAGCUUCGCUGCACCCGCAGGACCUGAAUGGUGCAUAGAAACUUCAUCUCCCAGAAUGCAGUGGUGCAGGUGGGCAGAAGGCUGGAGGAAACACUCUUACCUGGCAGGAAAGUCUGCCGGGUCAGGACAGGACGACUCCUUCGACUUCCUCUUUAAGAUCAUUCUGAUUGGAGACUCCAAUGUGGGAAAGACAUGUGUGGUUCAGAGCUUCAAGACUGGCGUCUUUGCAGAGAGGCAGCAGAACACCAUUGGAGUGGACUUCACUGUUCGAACCCUGGACAUUGAGGGCAAGAAAGUUAAGAUGCAGGUGUGGGACACUGCUGGCCAGGAGCGUUUCCGCACCAUCACCCAGAGCUACUACCGCAGCGCCCACGGCGCCAUGAUCACCUACGACCUCACCCGCCGCAGCACCUUCGAGUCCGUCCCCCACUGGAUCCAGGAGGUGGAGCAGUACGGAGCCGCCAGCGUCGUCCUCAUCCUCAUUGGGAAUAAAGCGGACCUGGCGUCUCAGCGGCAGGUGCUGUUCGAGGACGCGUGCACGCUGGCGGAGGAGCGCGGAGUGCUGGCCGCUCUGGAGACCUCGGCCAAGGAGGCGCAGAACAUCGAGGAGGCCUUCAUGCUGAUGGCCCGAGAGCUGAUGGUGCGGAACGGCAUGAUGGUCCAGCAGCACACCCCCAUCCACGACUCCUCCCACGUCCUGCUGCGCACCAACUCCCGACCAAUCAAUGGCCCAGGAGCUCCAGAGAAGAAGUCAUGCGACUGCUGAGACACAAGGGAGGGUGGGGGGGCUGUGGGGCAGAGGAACCCCAAACCAGGAUGGGAUCCAUGACUGUGACUGUCAUGCACUGCGACCUCCCCCCCGGCAGGUCAAAGAGGAGAGUGAUGUCACGUUACAAUGGCGUUGAAUGAGUCCAAUCCCUAAGUUGGGUAGCAACGUGGAUCAUGUGACCAGAAGGGAGUACCUGAUGAAGCAAGGAAGCUGGCAACACCCAGCUGUAGCUGUUAUGUCCACAGUAUAGCCACACUGUUAGUAAUCCUCCUAUUUUUCAGAUUUGGAUUUCAGCUGUGAAUUCAGAAACUGCCAUGCAGUCUGCUGUUAUUUUGCUCAGAUGCUCAAUGCUCUGUAUUUUAAGUGUCAUUGCCUCUCAUGGCAACACAGUGUUGCAAUUUCUGAUAACCCAAGAGAGAAAAGUUGAGAGAGCAGGUGUCAGAAGGGAACCUCCCACAGAUAUGCCUUCUUUUCCUAAUGGUCUGGAUGUAUGUU